UGAUAUUCAUGAUGUUGACAUCACACAAUGCAACAAGAUGGCGAAUUUACUCUUCAUGUUGUAUAGUGCCACAUCUGUGCUGUUUCUGCCCCUUGCGAGCUCAUAUCAGAGCCCUUGCGACUCCCUGACACCAGAAUACUGUGCUCUGCCCUUCCCAAGCUCCUACUAUACUGCUCCUGACCCAAGCACAGCUACCGGACUAAAGGUCAACUUUUCAUCUGCAACCUUUCCACUGGAUAUAAUAGGGAGAGGAGUGAAUCCUGCAGAGUGGAACACACUAGAUGGUUUCUCCCCAUUUCCUUCUAUUCUGACCUACUUCCCCCACCUGUCUGAUUUCAACCUACCACCACACUGGGACAUACAGCAAUCACUAGCUGAGGACAGCCCUACAAUACUCAUUGAGGCUGACACAGGGGAAAGAAUUGCUCAUUUUGCUGAGCUAGACACAGCUGCAAAUCUGGCUGAAAGAGCUCUAAUGAUUUGGCCGAGCAAAAGGCUUAAAAGUGGUACCCGGUAUAUCGUAGCUUUGAGAUAUUUGGAGGAUGAGUCUGAACGCCCUAUACAGCCUUCUCCUGGUUUUAUUGCCCUGAGAGACAAAACAACCAGCAAAGACCCAGAUAUUGAAAGCAGAAGACAAUUAUUUGAGGAAAUCUUUUCCACCUUAUCUUCUAUAGGAAUUACCAGGAACUCCCUCCAGUUGGCAUGGGACUUCAACACAGCCAGUAUAAAGUGCCUCACUCAAAGACUGCUGUUUAUGAGAGAUGAUGGACUAGCAAGAACGAGUGCCAAGGGUUCAGAGUACAUUCUCACCAAGGUCGAGGACAAUUUAAACGAAAAUAUAUUCAGGAAAAUCCAAGGGUACAUGUCAGUUCCAAUCUACACCGACGGAGAUUUGCCGGGAGCACAUUUGGUCCUUGAUCCAUUCACAAUGCUACCAGUGUAUCAGGAGCAAUCGUCAGCUCUGUUCACGCUCCUCAUCCCUCACAGCGUGGCCAACUCCACACACUCUCCUCCCCUCCUAUUACAAUACGGCCACGGGCUAUUUGGAUCUCAAUCCGAAGUGGAGUCCGGGUAUUUAGAAGCAGAAGCUAACGAAUACGGCUAUAUCCUCUUUGCUUGCGACUGGUGGGGCAUGUCUGAACUGGAUGUCCCGUCAAUUGCGCUCAUGAUUGGCACAGAUAUCAGUCACUUUAGCAUCAUCCCAGACAGACUGACACAGGGCAUGCUCAAUGCUCACAUACUCAUGAGACUGGUUAAGAGCACGUUAUCAGCUGAUCCGAUGGUGAACCUAAACGGAAGUGUCAAGAUCGAUACAGAGCUGACGUAUUACUAUGGCAACUCCCUGGGGGGUAUUCUCGGAGAUGUGUACAUGGCCUCCACAGUUGAUGUGAAGAAAGGUGUGUUAGGAGUGGCCGGUGGACCCUUUGGCUUGUUGCUACCCAGGAGCAAGGACUUCAUACCGUUUGAAGUGAGUAUGAGAAUCCUGUAUCCUGAUCCGGUGGAUUUCAUUACAGCGCUGGGAUUUGCAAACAUGAUCUGGUCUCGGCUCGAACCGAGCGCUUACAUGGCUUCUAUAACUGCUGACCCUCUCCCAAACACGCCCACACACAGGGUUCUGUUCCACUAUGCAUUAGGGGAUGCUCAAGUGAAUGUACUGGCACUGUAUUCUGUUGCCAGGUCGGCAGGAGCUGUCAUGUUUGAGAGUAACGUACGAUGUUCAUUCCAAAAUGGGAGCAGUGGUGUAAUCACGGAGAAGCUGUACGAGCUCCCCCUAGUAUCAGACAGUGCAGUGAUCACACAAGACUCUGUUGCCGUGGGGUUUGAGUGUGGAUCACCUCCAGAGCCUUUGGGGAACAGACCACCUGACUCUAAGUAUGACACACACGUACGACCAAGGAAGUCUCCCCUGGCUCAAAAGCAAAUAGACGAUUUUCUGAGAACUGGACAAGUGACAAACGUGUGCAAUGGGAAAUGCAUCUGUUAAUCCUUAUAACAACUGAAGAAAUAAAGUGGUUCAUAUCGACAGUGACAUAAUAAUUAUAACAACAUAACUUAACGCAAAUUCUUGGAAAUUUUAUAGUUUAUACCCAAAUUCUCGGAAUAUGUAUAAUUAUGUUAUAAAAUUUUCUUAAGUGA